AUGCAGAAGAAUAUCUCUUCAUAUUUCAAAUCAAGUAAAAAAGGAGAAGAUUCAAAUGAUUAGAUAAAAGAAUAAUAAUUCAUAGAUGAAAACCUUAAAAAGGAAAAAUAAGUAGUUGUUGGAUAAAAAAUAUGUUCAUCAAAAUCAAAACAACAUAAUAUAGAUAUAAAAGGUGGUAUUCUAUUUAUAGAUAUGGCAGAAUUAUAUGAAUAAGUAUUUUGUAAUUUAAAUGAAAGGUUGGUGAAAUAAAAGGAUAGAAUUCAAAAGAUGCAAUAAAAGAAUUGGUAGCUAAAAUGUUUAUAAGAAUUAUGAAAGAAAAUAGAGAAGAGUUUGUACCAGCAUACUUAUUUAGUAUUCUUAAAUUAGGACCUGAUUAUGAGUCAUGGGAAUUAGGAAUUGGUUAAGGAAUAAUAGUGAAAUCCAUUAGUGCAGUGUCUGGAAAGAGUGUAUAUAUAAUUUAAUUAUAAAAAGGAAAAAUAAGUUAGAGAAUUAUUAAACACAUUAGGAGAUUUGGGUCUGGCAAUAGAAAAAUCAAAAUCUACUUAAACAUCAUUAAAUAAAUUUUUUGUAUCUUAAAAUGUUAAAGAAGAAGUAAAAUUAACAAUGAUUCAAGUAUUUAAUACUCUUUAAUAAUUAUAAAAACAAGAAGGAACAGGAAGUUCAUUAGAAAAAGAAAGAAUUUUAACUAAUCUCUUAAGAAUAGCUAAACCUAUUGAAGCUAAGUAUAUAGUAAGAUUCAUUGAAAAGAAUUUAAAAAUUGGAGCAGCUGAAAAAACUAUGUAAGCUGCUUUAGCUAGAGCAUUUUAAUUAUAUCAUAAAGGGAAUAUUGAUGGUGAUUAUGAAAGUAUUAUCAAUUAAGCCUUAUGUGAAUGUCCUAAUUAUCAUAAAAUUAUUGAUACUCUCUUUAAUAUUAAAAGUUUAUAAGAAGUANAUUAUGCGUUAUAAUUUUAUUCAAUUGAUAAAGAUAUAUUUUAGAUUAAUUAUAAAAAUUGA